UCAUCUUCAUUUCCUUUCAUUUGAUCUUCCAUUGCAAUCUCAUUUUGCUCUCCCGUUUGCAAUCACCUUCCUCGAUCCAUUUCCUUUCACUUCUUCCAUUACAAACCAGAAACACAUGGCUGCAGAGGCAGUUCUCUCUGCCUUCCUCCAAUCGUUGUUUGAUGGAAUGGCAUCUCCCGAGUUCGCGGACUUCUUUCGGCAGCGCAAACUCAACGAAGGAGUCUUAGAGAAGCUGAAGAUAGCACUGUUGUCCGUGCAGAAACUGCGCGAGGACGCGGAGGACAAGCAACUUACAGAUCGUUCUGUGGGAGACUGGCUUCAUAAGCUGAAAGAUGUUGUCUAUGAUGCAGAAGACGUUUUGGACGAGAUAGCCACUGAAGCCUUGCAACGUAAGUUGGAUGCUCAAUUUCAAACCACUGCAGGGAAGGUACGAAACUCCAUCUCUACUUUUUUUAGUCAUUUUGUCAAGGAGAUAGAGCCAAAGAUAAAAGACAUACUUAACAUACUAGAAUAUCUAGAAAGUAAAAAGGAUGCUCUAGGUCUGAAAGAAGGUGUUGGAAGAGAAUCAUCAAAAAGAUUGCCCACGACUUCUUUGGUCGAAGAAUCUGGUAUUUUUGGCAGGGAUGAUGAUAAGGAAAAAAUAAUAAGUUUGAUGCUUUCAAAUGAUGCAAUUGGCAAUGAAAAUCCAUGUGUGAUUCCCAUAGUCGGCAUGGGAGGAAUUGGCAAAACCACCCUUGCUCAGCUUGUAUACAAGGAUAAGAGUGUGAAGAAGCAUUUUGAUCUUCAAGCAUGGGUUUGUGUUUCGAAGGAGUUUGACGUGUUAAAGCUAACAAAAACAAUUCUGGAGGAAGUAGGCGGGUCUACUAAAGUUGAUAGUGAGAAUCUAAAUCUGCUUCAACUUGCACUAAACGAGAAAUUGAUGGGGAAUAAAUUUCUACUAGUUCUAGAUGAUGUUUGGAAUGAUAAUUAUGUUGAUUGGGAUGUGUUCCGCAAUCCAUUUAAAUCUGGGGUACCGGGAAGUAUGGUCAUUGUAACUACACGCAAUGAUAGUGUUGCAUCAAUCAUGCGCAGUGCUCCAACUCAUCGUCUAAAGACGUUACUAGAAGAUGAUUGUUGGUUACUAUUUACAAAACAUGCAUUCCACAAUGGUAACUCUGAUGCACGUUGUCCAGAGCUAAAAGUAAUAGGUAGACAAAUUGUGAAAAAGUGUCAAGGUCUACCUUUAUUGGCCAAGACAAUUGGGGGUCUCUUGCGAUCUAAACUAGAUGUUUAUGAAUGGGAAAGGAUAUUGAAGAGCGAAUUAUGGGAUUCGCCAACUAUCAAGACAAAUAUUCUUCCAGCUUUAAGUCUCAGUUACACAGAUCUUCCCUCACAUUUAAAGCAAUGCUUUGCCUACUGUUCAAUAUUUCCUAAGGAUAAUGGUAUACCCAAAUAUGAACUAGUCUCAUUAUGGAUGGCAGAAGGUUUCUUAAAAGAAACUAGAAACAAAACAAUGGAAGAGGUUGGUGAAGAUUACUUACAUGAAUUGACAUCAAGAUCAUUGUUGGAGCAAUCAAGUGGCAACAAAUCAAGUUUUGUAAUGCAUGAUCUUGUCAACGACUUGGCAAAAUAUGUAUCUGGACAAUUUACCUUUAGAUUGGGGGUUGACAAUUCCCAUGAAAUUGUGAACAAGACUCGCCACUUGUCAUAUAUUAGAGAACCAUUUGAUAACUUCAAGAAGUUUAAGGCUCUUUAUGUGGCUAGCCGAUUGCACACAUUCUUCCCCUUAAAUUUUCCACAAGUCUCUUUUGAGAUGUACUUAACUAAAAGUGUACCACUUGAUUUAUUGUCAAAGCUAAUAUGCUUACGGGUGCUCUCUCUAUCUCGCUAUCGAAAUAUGACUGAGUUGCCUAAGUCAAUUGGUAAAAUUAAGCAUCUACGUUAUUUGGAUCUUUCUAAUACUUCAAUUAAAAGGUUGCCUGAUUCUAUAUGUAUGUUGUGCAAUUUGCAAACAUUGAAUUUAUCAGGUUGUAAAGAUCUUGCUGCAUUACCAAGAGAUAUGUGGAAACUCAUUAAUUUACGUCAUCUUGAUAUUGACGGAACUAGCAUAAAGGAGAUGCCAAUGCAGCUGGCUAGACUAAAAUGUCUACGAUCAUUAUCUAAAUUUAUCAUCAGCAAAGAUAGUGGGGCUUGCAUUGGAGAGUUGGGGAAACUUGCAAAUCUUCGAGGAAGGCUGUCUCUUUUAGAGUUGCAAAACGUUGUAUCUCAUACUGAUGCUUUGAAAGCAUGCUUGAAUGAUAGGAAGUACCUUGAGGAGUUGGUGUUGGAAUGGAAUGCAUUGGAUACUAAUAUUUCAGAAUGCCAAAGAUCUGUUCUUGACAACCUCCGGCCCCAUUGUAACUUGAAAAUACUAACUAUCAACAACUAUGGCGCUGAAAGUCUUCCGGAUUGGGUUGGGCAUCAUUCAUUCUCUAAUUUGGUGUCCCUUUGCCUAAAAAAUUGUAAACAUUGUUUCAACUUGCCACCACUUGGGCAGCUAUCCUCUUUGCAGGACCUCUCUAUCGUUGGGUUUGAAGGAGUUAUUAAAGUGAGUUAUGAGUUUUAUGGCAGCAAUUCUUCAUUAGAUAAGCCAUUUGGAACCUUGAAAUUUCUAAAGUUCGAGCAAAUGUUGAAGUGGGAGGAAUGGUCUUCUUUUGAUGCUGAAAACAAAGGUGAAGCAUUUUCUCAACUUAAAGCGCUUUAUAUUAUGGACUGCCCUAAGUUGACAGGACGGUUGCCCGUCCAUCUUCCUUCCUUAGCUAAACUAGAGAUUCGUGAAUGUCCGCGACUGGUGGAUUCACUUCCAAAGGCUCCUACUGCAUGCGAAUUGCAUCUAACACACUGUGACGAGGUUCUAUUAAAGGAAUUGCCGGCUAGGUUGCGGAAGCUCAAUAUUGUAGGAUUUGACGCACUAGAGUCCCUUCCCGAGGGACUCGUGAACUCCGAAGAGAAUCUUCAAGUGCUAACAAUCUCACACUGUAUGAAGUUAGAGCUCACUGCACAACUUAACUUUUCAUCCCUUGCAAGAUUGUGGUUGGACGACUGUGAUUCCCUCAAGUCAUUUCCAUUAGAUUUAUUCCCAAAGCUUAAUGCGAUCAAAAUCUAUGGGUGUAAGAAUAUGGAAUCAUUUACAAUUUCAGAACAACAUGGAUGUGAUUUAGUGACCUUGUUUAUUGACAUCCGUAAUUGCCCUAAUUUUGUGUCUUUUCCAAAAGGAGGAAUUCGUGCCCCCAAACUCAGAGUAUUUUCUAUUUCGAGUUGUACAAGUCUGAGGUCACUGCCUGAGAAGAUGCAUAUACUCCUGCCCUCUCUUAAGCAUUUUGAAAUAUUUGAUUGUCCAGAAGUUGAAUUGUUUCCCGAAGGGGACUUUCCUUUCAAUCUGGAAGUUAUUGGUAUCAAGAAUUGUGAAAAACUCUUUGCCGGUCGGAUGAGAUGGGGUUUGCAAAAACUUUUGUCUGUUAAAACUAUGAAAAUCGGUGGCAAAUCUGAAGAUGUGAAGUCCUUUCCAGAGCCAGAGUUGCUGCCUUCUAGUCUGACCCGUCUUUCUUUCUGUGAAUUUCCAAAUAUGAAAUCUUUGGACAAUAAAGGACUUCAACACCUCACAUCUCUUGAAGAAUUGUGGAUCGAGGACUGCCCUAAGCUCAAGUACAUGCCAGAAGAGGGGUUGCCUGCGUCCCUUUCUACUAUAAAGAUCGAUGGAUGCCCUUUAAUGAAGAAGCAGUGGCUUAGCAAGAAAAGAAAAGUUCCUAACGUCGAUAACAUAUUGAUUGAUAAGGAAGAAUAUAUUGGAUGA